CACUUCUCCCUCAUCGAAGCGAAUAUUCUCCGGCGAGGAAAUUAUCGCAACAGAGUUUUUUAUUUCUCUCGUCUACCGAUCGUCGAAACGAAAGAGAUGGCCGGUGGUGGUGGUGGUGGAUCGUCGAAAUCAAACGCAGCGAAGCAGAGGAAGAGAGUGGAAGCUGAAACGAAAGAUGAAUCCACCGCGAAAAACAACAGCAAUACCUUGCUACGUGCUAAAGAUGGCAGCGCUUUUGCUCGAUGUGAAGGAUGUAACAAGAACGUAGCUGUUGCGCUUAUAAGUAUGCACAAUUGCAGCCUCGACGCUAAAAUUCGAGUCAAUCUCGAAGCUCAAGUUGUUGAGAUGCAAGCUGAGGCUAAGAAGAAACCUGUAGAGAGGAAGAAGUCUACAUCUGAUGAACCUAAGGCAAAGAGAGUCAGGAAGGCCAAGGAUGAGAAGAAUAAGAAGAGCUCAUCUACCUCUAACAAGCUCAAGCGUCCUCUUACUGCCUUCUUCAUUUUCAUGAAUGAUUUCCGCAAAACUUUCAAAGAAGAGAAUCCUUCUUCUAACGUUAAGGAUGUUGCAAAGCAGGGUGGUGAGAAGUGGAAGUCUUUGACUGAGGAAGAAAAGAAAGUUUAUUUGGAUAAGGCUGCUGAACUUAAGGCAGAGUAUAACAAGUCACUGGAGAGCAACGAUGCUGAUGAGGAAGAAGAGGAUGAGGAGAAGCAAUCAGAUGAUGAUGCUGAAGAGAAACAAGCUGAUGAUGCCGAUGAGAAACAGGCUGAGGAGAAUGAAGGUAAAGAAGAAGCAGAAGAUGAGAUUUUGGAUGACUACUAGAUAUCUUAAUCUUUCGUUGGGUAUGAUCUCAUCGAAAUGGACUUAGCUUUUUAUCGUGUCGGUACAUUGUAUAUUUUAAACCUUAGUUUCCGUUAAACUAGUUAUCUGAAGGUAGCUGUGAGCAAGGGAAGUUUUUGUAGUUCACAGAAUGGUAAUCCUUUUUGUUUUUGAACGAUGUAGAAUCGGAAGUUAUCUCUUGGUUUAGAAUCAGUGUUUUAGUCA